AGUCCUUGAUUCCCACCCACUGACCGGACAUCCAAUUGUCAGCCCCGGCGCGCAGUCUGCGGGGAUCCAAAGUGGACGGAGGAUUCAGCCGAAGCACUGAACGGGGAAGGAUGGAGGCGGCGGAGACCAAAGCGGAGGCUGCAGCCCGAGAGGCCUUGGCCAAGGUGGCAGACAUCCUGGAACCUACAGGUCUUCAGGAGGAGGCAGAACUGCCCGCCCAGAUCCUGGCUGAGUUUGUGAUGGACUCUCGGAAGAAAGACAAGCUCCUCUGCAGCCAGCUACAAGUAGUAGACUUCCUACAGAACUUCUUGAUCCAGGAAGACACUGUACAGGGCUUGGACCCCUUGGCUUCUGAAGACACAAGCCGAAAGAGAGCAAUUGAAGCCAAAGAGCAAUGGAAAGAGCUGAAGGCCACCUACCAGGAGCAUGUGGAGGCCAUCACAAGUGCCUUGACCCAGGCACUGCCCAAGAUGGAGGAGGCCCAAAAGAAGCAAGCACAGCUGCAAGAGACCCUUGAACAGCUCCAGGCCAAGAAGCAAGUAGCUGUGGAAAAACUCAGAAUAGCCCAGAAGCAGUGGCAGCUGCAACAGGAGAAGCAUCUGCAGCACCUGACAAAGGUUUCUGCAGAGGUGAAGGAACGUCAGAUGGGAACUCAGCAGGAGUUUGAACGUCUGUAUCAGGAACUUGGAGCCCUGAAGCAACAGGCAAGGCAGGAGCAGGACAAACUGCAGAGGCAUCAGACUUUCCUCCAGCUGCUUUACACCCUACAGGGUAAGCUGCUGUUCUCUGAGGCUGAGGCGGAGGCACAGAUACCACAAGAACUGAACCUUCCUAAGGAUAAGCCCCUGCAGCUGACCCAACCCCAGGAACAGAACCCUCAGGACAUCAUGGGAAGAGAUGGAAGUGUGUCCUCUAAGGUCGACAGCCCCCAGCCCGUUGGAGAUGCAAGCUUACCAUGGCUUCCUGGGGCACAGCAACAUGGGGAAGGAUCCUAGAGCAGGUCAGAAUCCAGCUCAGGCCAUGGUGUCCUUGGACUUCAGGUAUGAAGUAAGAUAGAUACGGUUUUUUGAGGGCCUGCAUCAUUACUGGUUGAGGGGGGCUCAGAGAGGAUUGAGGAUACUCCAUCAGUGAGUACACAUGCCAAGAAAGGCUUCCUCAAUCAACCUAUCCCCCCUCCCUCCCACAUGGUCCCUGCUAUAUAUAGCCUUCUGGCAAUCACAUAUCCAGUCUCAUUUUUCCUCCUACUGGGUGGGCCCCCUUAUCCCUACAAUCUGGUUUCCUUUCUGGUCUCAUAUACCCCAAAAUGUCUGCAUAUAUUUAUCUACCCACCCUGGGAAACUGCCUGUGGUUUGGGAUGGUGUGGAGUUUCUGUGUCUUUGCACAUACUAUAGCUAAAUGAAAAGUCAGCAGGGAAAAGAAGACACUCACAUGGAGCCCACCAGGCUGGGGCAGAAGAAUAAUAUCCUGAGAUACUCUAAGCCAGGGGACUGGGCAAGGAGUUUGGAUGGUACAGCAAACUUCUGGGAACCAGAUUUCUCUCAAGGAGUAUGGAAUACAUCCACACACACUGAGGCCGAAAAGGAGGGGAGGCUUGAGCAUCUGUAAUGUUCAGAGCCCUUGAAUUGACUGUGGCUGAAGCAUCAAGAUGGCCAGAAUCAUCUUGACUGACAAGCUCAGGAAUUGGGAUUUGCUUUCAGGUAGAAGCUGGACUUAAGCUUCAAGCUGUUCUCAGCCCUCUCUUAGGAUUCCCUAAAGACUUUCCUUGUUCACUGAUACUUGCCUAAGGUAGACAUGUGCAAAGAGGGAAAAUAUCCCUGGGAAAUUGUGAUCUCUUACACAAAGACAUGGAGAUUUAUGAGUCCACAGAAAUUGCUGAAAGGCCCUGCUGCCUUCUGGAGAUUUUUCCUCUUCCCCUUUCCAUUGAAAGAAGGGACACCAAAACCAGGGAAGAGCAGAAAGGAGCAGGGACUAGGCAGUGAAUCAGCACAGUCCACACACUGUUACUCUGUCUUGACCAGAAGUCGUCUUGAUAACUUAAAGUGAAGAUUAAGCUUACUCUAUUAAACAUAUAGGAAAGCUUUCUUUUUCUCUUCUCUGUA